UUCCGUCAGUUCUUCUUGAUACCGCGUGCCCUUGGCUGCUCGUUCGUAACUCUCGCGACAAGUUCGCGUUUUAGCGUGGAUUUCUAACCUUCGUGACCACGUACCGACUUCAAGAUGAUGAAGUUCAAGCAACAGGGGCUAGUCGCGGACUUAAUGCCCAAUAUAAGGCUGAUGAAGGCCAGUGGACAUUUUUUAUUCAAUUACACCGACGGUUCCGGGAAAAAUUUGCAAAAAGUCUACAGUAUCAUGCAUCUAGUCCUCAUCCUCAUGCAAUUCGGUUUCUGCGGCAUAAACCUAAUGCAAGAAAGCGACGACGUGGAUGAUCUAACAGCGAACACUAUCACAAUGCUCUUCUUUACGCACAGCAUAGUGAAAAUCAUUUAUUUCGCAGUCAGAAGCAAGCUGUUUUAUAGAACAUUUGGUAUAUGGAAUAAUCCGAACAGCCAUCCUCUGUUCGCUGAAAGCAACGCAAGGUAUCAUCAAAUCGCUGUGAAAAAGAUGAGGAUACUGUUGAUGGCCGUCAUGGGGACCACCUUAUUGACCGCAAUAUCAUGGACUACCAUAACGUUCAUUGGUGAUUCUGUAAAAAAAGUUGUUGAUCCUGUUACUAACGAAACCACAUUUGUCGAGAUACCAAGGUUGAUGGUGCACUCCUGGUACCCUUUCGAUCCCAGCCAUGGAAUGGCGCACAUUUUAACGCUCGUUUUCCAAUUUUAUUGGUUGAUAUUCACCAUGGCAAACGCGAAUCUUUUGGACGUGCUGUUCUGUUCAUGGCUCCUCUUUGCUUGUGAACAAAUUCAACAUUUGAAGAACAUCAUGAAACCUUUGAUGGAAUACAGCGCAACAUUGGACACUGUUGUACCGAACAGUGGAGAUUUGUUCAAGGGUGGCAGUGCAACCCGUAUUGAAAAUCAAGAGCCACCACCCCCUCUUACACCACCACCAAAUGACAACAUGCUGGAUAUGGACCUUCGGGGGAUAUACAAUAAUAGACAAGAUUUCACAGCUACUUUCCGACCAACCGCUGGAAUGACAUUUAACGGGGGCGUAGGGCCAAACGGAUUGACCAAGAAACAAGAGAUGCUGGUCAGAAGUGCCAUUAAAUAUUGGGUGGAGAGGCACAAACACAUUGUCAGGCUAGUUACCUCAAUUGGAGACGCUUAUGGUAUUGCCCUGCUGCUGCACAUGUUAACCACCACCAUCACGUUAACUUUGCUCGCUUAUCAAGCAACAAAGAUACACACAGUGGACGUGUAUGCAGCAUCGGUAAUAGGCUACUUGUUAUACUCCCUUGGACAAGUCUUCAUGCUUUGUAUAUUUGGAAAUCGUUUGAUCGAAGAGAGUUCAUCCGUAAUGGAAGCUGCUUAUUCUUGCCACUGGUACGAUGGAUCAGAGGAAGCAAAAACAUUCGUGCAAAUCGUAUGUCAACAGUGUCAGAAGGCGAUGUCAAUUUCAGGAGCGAAGUUCUUCACUGUCUCAUUGGAUCUCUUCGCUUCGGUCUUAGGAGCUAUGGUUACCUACUUCAUGGUGUUGGUGCAACUGAAGUGAAUAUUGAAGCGUGAACGAAACAACUGGAAGUACAAGCUGGAAAGUUUUAAAAGAGUUCAGGAGGAAACUGUGACUACAGGACAAUUUGUGAUUAUAGUGUAUGAGAAAAGAUAUCAGCGCGUUCAAAUGUCUUUUAAAAUCUCAAUAAUGAAAAAUUAUUUAAUAAGCAAUGUCGUUUUUUAUUUUAAAUAUUUUAAAUUUUUAUUUUAAACUAUCUUUUAAAAUGUAAGUAAGAUUUAAUGUAAAUGUAGUAUACAAACUUUAUAUCUAUUAUAUAAUAAGUAAUAAUUGUCACGAAUGCAUAUACAAUAUUUGCAACAAGUAAGAAUUUUAAAACGAAAGGUAUCUUAUUAGUUUAAAUAAAAUAAUACUUUUACAAAGGAGGAACUGAAAAAGAAGGAGAAACAUAGUGCUUACACAGUUGUAAAAAAUAAUAACUAAUAUAUUUUUAAUAAACCUAAGGAUAUGAUAAGUUUUUAAAUGUACUAUAAUUACAUAAACAAACGACAUUACUUAUGAAAUAGUUUGAUAACAUUUGAUAUACUAAUAUAUUUCAAUAUUACAAAAUUUUAACAUAAUAAUACAUUAAUCUGAUCUUAUGUAUUGUAUAUUAAUAUUUUUAAAUGCAGAACUGUUUGAACGCAAGGGGUACUUUGAAUCAAAUUUAUAUUUAAUAAUUGUAAGAUUUGAAGCUGAGCUAUCGAUGAAACAUAAUUUGUAAGGAUCAACAGGAGUGAUAGUCUACUUUCAAAUUGAUCCCGGGUGCCUCAUGCGGCGAAACAGUGAAGUGGCAGACAAGAAGUGGUUUUAGGGAUUUAGGGAUUUCGUAAUUCGAAGAUUUUGAGGCGAUAAAGCAAUAACUGCUCACGAUUCUUUUUUAAAAAUAUUCUUUGUACAGUUAUACAUAUAGCGGCGUAGAGAGCCCGAUUUUGCAAUUUACCUUUUAACCCGCAAACAGCGGAUUCUGGGCCAAUAUAGACACAAACUUACAAAACAUAUUCAAGGUUAUUAACCUAAAGUUAAAUGUAUAAUUUUUAAGGGAAUAGUAUCAAAUUUAUAAAAUGAAAAUAAUAUGAAAUACAAAAUUAAAUUAAAAUUAGGGCUCUCUCCAUGAUCCCCUUAUAAAAAGUAUGUUUUUAUACAAGAAAAUUUUUUUAAAAAACGCUCUACCGUUUUAGGUAUAUUUGUCCUGAAUAUAAAUAUCAUAAUCACUACGCAUCUCUUUCAAAAUUGUGUUUAGAAGACGGGAAUUACUUGUUGAUAUUUCACUUCUAUCUGCCAAAGGUGCUACUGUCACUCCUGCUAAUCCUUAAUACAUUUUAUUAGUAAUAGGAUUGUAGUUAUUAUCGAAGAUAACAUAUUACACAUGAUAUCCUGUAACAACGUGUGAUCCACAUAUGGGCUACCCUGUGUAUUAAAAGAAAGUGGUCCCUAAUUUGCAAUAUAUAUUUUAUGAGAAA